AUGCAAGCCCCUGUGGUAGAAAGUAGUCUCCUCCUGGAAUUGAACGCAAGACUGGAGGAUGGCCAGGUGGCGCUCCUCGAUCAAAUAUCUAUGCAAAGUUCGUGGAUAGCGGAGCUCAGGGAGAAGAUAGCCGACCAGGAGAAGCAGCUCAGCAGGAUGGGUGCCCUACAGCGUUCUGUGGAGACCAUGGAUCGAAAGAACGCCAAUGCACUCAAGAAAUGCAAUAGAAUGCACGAGGCGAAACUGAGUGAUGUUAGACAGGGGGAGGCUGUGCAUGCUGAUAGGAUUAGAGCUGCUGAGGAAAGGGCUGCACGAUCUGAGAAAUACAUAAGGGCGAUGAAUGCUUCCCUCCAGACCCAGUCCUUGAGAGAAAGAGAUGAAAAAGUUCGUCAGCAGUCAUUGGAACUGCAACACCUCCGAAAUGAAAUGCGCGAACGAGAUAUUAUAUUGAACUUGGAAAAAGAAGACGACGAGAAAGCGGGCGCUGAAAUCAAAGUACAGCCUGAGGAGGGUGAUCAGACAGAAGGGCUAGCCUCGGUCCGUAAGGAGGUCCUAUUGAAGGCCUUGGAGUCUCGUGAUGCAAUCAUAAAGGGUCUCAAUGAGCGGCUGAGCUACAUGAUCGACCGUGAGAGGACCAUCAAUAUGGAGCGCAUUGGAGAGGCUCGCGAGAAGAAGCGGUCCUCGGCAGAGCUCGAGGACUGCAAAGCUGAACUUGGGAAAGCCUACGUGGAAAUCGAGCGACUACGGAGAAAGCUCCCGACUGAGGGAAAGGACUCUGAGGUCAGCGCCAAGUUUCCUCAGCUUAGGAGGCAUGAGUUUAGUACUUGCGACACGUCUACCAUCAUAAUGUACUGA